UAACGUCGGAACGCGCCAAUGCUUGCGACACCCUGGGUAUGUCGCAAUUGUCUAUUGCGAGCAGCAAAGCCAGCAGUGCGACGAGGCGUUCGACUGCAAUCUACAGUUGCUACAUCCGAGUCCAUUCCUCCUGCGCUCCUCGCCCGCGCGCGCACCAUCGCCGCCGAGCACCAGCAACUGACCGAAAAGCUGGCCAAUGGCUUUGAUACGCGUGCGGCAAAGAAGGCGGGUGAGUACAGCCGGAUAGUGCUCGCGCUGCGCGAAUGGCACAAGGCGAGCGAGUCUGUCGCAGAGCUCACGUCGCUGAUGCACGACCCGACCACGGAUCCGGAGCUGCGAGAGCUCGCCUCGGACGACCUAGGCGCGAUCCGAACGCAGCUCUUGAAUGCCUCGCAAAGCCUCGUCACAUCGCUCGUCCCCGUGCACCCGUUCGCCCAUCUCCCAUGCCUCGUAGAAAUACGUCCGGGCGCAGGGGGAUCCGAAGCCGCCAUCUUCGCCGGCGACCUCCUGCGCAUGUACCAAGCCUUCUGCAAUCGCAACGGCUUCCGGAGCACGCUCCUGAAGUAUGAGAACGUCAAUGGCACACAGGAAGGCGGAAUACCACUCUCCGAAGCUAUCCUCGAGAUUGACCACGAGAGCGCAUACGGCUUCUUCAGGGGUGAGGCCGGCGUCCAUCGCGUGCAGCGUGUGCCCGUCACCGAGACCAAAGGACGCACGCAUACGAGCGCAGCAUCAGUGCAUGUGUUGCCCAGCCUGCAGGCGAAUUCGGUAGCAGAGUCCGACUACGAUGAUCCGGACAGCGACUACUACGUCGACCCCAAGGAGGUGAGGCUGGAGGUCAUGAGAGCCAGCGGUGCUGGCGGGCAGCACGUCAACAAGACGGAGUCGGCGGUGCGACUGACUCAUAUGCCUACCAAUACGGUCGUUUCCAUGCAGGACUCCAGGUCGCAGCCCAAGAACAAGGAGAAAGCUUGGGCACUCCUCCGGUCAAGGAUCGCCCAACUGCGCCGAGAGAAGAGAGAAGAGGAAAUGGUUGCCAUGCGCCGCAGCGUCGUGGGUGUGGCAAAAAUGGGCCGUGGGGACAAAGUCCGGACCUACAACUAUAACCAGCAGAGGGUCACGGACCACAGAAGCGGAGCGACGGUGCAUGACCUUGACGAUGUGAUGGAGGGCGGUCAGACGCUCAAUAAGAUCAUGGAAAGCGUCCGCAGCUGGCUUAUGGAAAAGGACGUGGAGGCUCUCAUCGCCGAGGAGGGUGAAGCGAAGAGGUAACGAAAUGAACUCUCCCCUUGCCCGUCGCUUCUCUCUGCCAGUAAGCUCCGCUCAUUCCCCUCGUCUUCCCCUUAGUGAACCUUACAUUGGGUCUCCGUGUCGGCCCCUUCAGACCUUACUAGCUGUUGUAUAUUCAUCUUGCUAAUUGGGCUCGUUCGUUGGGUUCCCGAGGGUUGCCAGUCCUGUAGCUAACGGUCUAGAACCAACAAACAGACCCGACGAAAUCGCAGGC